AUGUCUACUGCCCGUGCAUUGAGUGACACUCAGGUCGCUGAUGAAUUGAAAAAGAUGGAAUCUUUCAUCAAGAAAGAAGCCGAUGAAAAAGCUAAGGAAAUCCAAUUAAAAGCUGAUGAAGAAUACGAAAUUGAAAAAGCUAAUAUAGUUCGUUCUGAAACUUCUGCAAUUGACGCUUUAUAUGAACAAAAAUUGAAAAAAGCUUCAUUAACUCAACAAAUCGCCAAAUCCACCAUUGCAAACAAGACAAGAUUAAAAGUUUUAUCUACAAGAGAAAAAGUGUUGGAUGAUAUAUUUGAUGAAGCUGAAAAGCAAUUGAAAGAAAUUAGUAAAGAUAAAUCUAAAUACAAACCAGUGUUGACAGGUUUGAUUGAAGAAGGUUUAUUGUCUUUAUUAGAAAAAUCAGUCACUGUUAAAGUUCGUAAAUCAGAUGUUGAAAUUGCCAAAGAAGCUAUUCAAGAAGCUGCAAAGAAUUUUGAAGAAAAGGCUAAAUUCCCUGUUGAAGUUAAUGUUGAUGAAGAAAACUAUUUGAAUGAUGAUAUUGCAGGUGGUGUCAUUUUAGUCAAUGGUACUGGUAAGAUUGAAUUGGAUAACACUUUGGAAGAAAGAUUAAAAUUAUUAUCUGAAGAAUCAUUACCAGCAAUUAGAUUAUCAGUUUUCGGUCAAUCAGCCACCAGAAAGUUCUUUGAUUAA